AUGAGCAGCGAAAGGUGGCUUCUUGGAGAACUCGACGAAUUCGACCACUUCACUAUUUCCAAGACCCUCAACGAAGCCUCGGGGCUUGAGACGUGCCUGAAUGCCGCGUUGAUUCGAUCCGACCUCGACAUUCCUUUCUACUCGCCCUUGGCCUUAUAAACUCGAUCACGGCCAACCCUCCACUUCGGUCACCAUGCCAGUCAAGUCACGGUUCACGCGUCUGGACGCCUUUACCAAGACUGUCGAGGAUGCACGAGUGCGCACUACCUCUGGCGGAAUUGUCACCCUCUCAUCUCUGUUGCUGAUCCUAUGGCUCGUCUGGGGAGAAUAUGCAGACUACCGCAGAGUAGUCGUACAUCCCGAGCUUGUAGUUGACAAGGGAAGAGGAGAAAAGAUGGAGAUUCACAUGAACAUAUCGUUUCCCAGAGUGCCGUGCGAACUCCUCACCCUUGAUGUGAUGGAUGUGUCGGGUGAGAUUCAGACUGGUGUCAUGCAUGGCGUGAACAAGGUCAGACUUGCCGCCGAAUCUGAUGGUGGCCAUGCCAUUGAGAGCAAGGCUCUUGAACUUCAUAGCGAUGACCCUGCCACCCAUCUGGAUCCCGAGUACUGCGGAGAAUGCUACGGCGCACCAGCCCCUCCAAACGCACAGAAGGCCGGCUGUUGCAACACUUGCGCUGAAGUUCGUGAAGCCUAUGCCAGCGUUUCCUGGUCUUUUGGAAGAGGAGAAAAUGUUGAGCAGUGUACACGCGAACAUUACUCGGAGCAUCUCGACGAACAGCGUAGAGAGGGUUGUCGUAUCGAAGGAGGAAUUCGCGUGAACAAGGUUGUCGGCAACUUUCAUUUUGCACCUGGCAAAUCCUUCAGCAAUGGCAACAUGCACGUCCACGACCUCGAGAACUACUGGGCCGGCGGCAACAACAUCGAGCACACCUUUACACACAACAUCCAUCAUCUUCGCUUCGGCCCUCAGCUUCCUGACGACAUCGUCGCUAGCAUCGGCAAGAAGGGUAUGGCUUGGACUAAUCACCACCUUAACCCACUUGACAACACCGAGCACAAGACGGAUGAGAAGGCUUACAACUUCAUGUACUUUGUCAAGGUAGUCUCGACUGCUUAUCUACCUUUGGGAUGGGAGAAGAAGAACUCCAUUCUGAACUUCCCCCACGAACUCAUUGAGCUGGGAAGCUAUGGUCACGGUGAAGCUGGCAGCAUCGAGACUCAUCAGUACAGUGUCACGAGCCACAAGAGAAGCCUGGCAGGUGGUGACGAUCGACAGGAAGGUCACAAAGAGAGACUACAUGCCAGAGGUGGAAUUCCCGGCGUCUUCUUCUCAUAUGACAUCUCACCCAUGAAGGUCAUCAAUCGCGAGUCGAGGACUAAAAGUUUCUCUGGAUUCCUUGUCGGCGUUUGUGCUGUCAUCGGUGGCACUCUCACCGUAGCGGCUGCUGUUGACAGAGCACUCUACGAAGGCGCUCAGCGCGUAAAGAAGUUACAUACAGGUUAAGAGGCUUGUAGUUCAGAUUCGUGUAUCAAAUACCCUGAGUCUAUAUCACGGGUCGGCGUUCUCGAUCUGAGGUGUGAGCUGUGUCAUGCCAUGUCCCCUCCACUACGCAUAGUUUCGAGCACCUUCCAAAAUCCAAACUUCCCCAUUGACGACCUUGUUGGGAACGCUCGAGACUUCGAUGCCUCCAGGUUGGAUCUAAUGCCGUCGUCAGUCAGUUCUUAAAUCAGCGUCGGGUGAUGCUCACCACUUUCUUUCCGUCUUUCUCUUCCCACCAGACCGUGUCUCCACCGAGGGUUUGAACUUUCUGACCCUCAGCCCAAGGUGACUCUGGGACGACAUGGGCUUCCACAAAACGCCUGAGGUUUCUGUGCGCCCUAUCCUCGCCAUCUCGGCCGUCGUAUGCGUUCUGGCCCAAGGCAGCAUAUUCUUGUGGGUCCUCCCAUGGUUUCCUGGGGAGUCUCGUGAUUG